ACGACAGAACCGAUGUGCUGGAGCUGCUCCCCAUCCGUUGACUGGUAGGGUGACGCUGACAAGUCAGGACCUUCUGCCCGGACCAGGGAACCUGGAAGUCAAAGUGUGAUAAAAUGCGGAUGGGUUCGUCCAGGGGAAAGGUAGACGCGGUGCAACAUUUCCAUUUUUCAGCUUUUUGACUUGUGGUCACAAUUCACAUCCCGACCGGACAUGGAAAUUGGAAAGGACCUCGGAAGCCGGAACUUACUAAUUGUAAUCCUGCGAUCAUCUAUCAUGCGUCGAAAAUAACAAGCUGUAGUUUAGUACUUGGUCACCAGGUGGCGUUACGACUCACGAGAACAGCCUGUGACACCGCGAUGUGGCGCAAAUGAAGAGUGAAAAUGGUGGCCUGGGAUUCGGAAAUAGGAGCUUGCUGAUCCAUAUCAAUCGAAUUAUUUUACUCCAAUGAAAGCUAAGUCAUGGUGAGCCAAGCGAUACUGCUGACAUGGUCAGAUUUUACUUGACCCAUGCCACCCCAUCGUCUUUGUGGUAUAAAUAAAAUUUAGUGGCCGACUCUCGACUAUUGAUUUGUGACGUGAUGAAGAUGGCGCUGAAGUCGUUUUCGCCACAUCAUCCCUGCGACGCCAUUUUCUUUCUCUUUGUCCUUUGUCCGGUGGAGUUUCAGGGUGUGAGGGCGCGCCGUUGCUAGCUCCGUCUUUAUUCCGAUGUAAUUUCUCUCACAACGGUGGCACAAUGCUGAAACUGCUUCCAAACUUGGGUAGAAUCGCCCAGAACUUGUUCAAAGUGUCUGAAAGGACUGCAAGUGGAAUAAUAGCUAAUUCACAUGAAAACUGCCUUAUCCCCGGGCUGAGAGGAGUGCUGUCAACCCAGCCUGCAAGAGCUCUUUCCGCGAGUCCAGUAUUAUCCAAGGUCGAUGACCGGAGAGCCAUCAAAGUUCCAAAGAGGGAUGAAGGAACAGAAGGGGAAGCAAAUAUUGGUCUAGACUACCAGCUAUCAGAGUAGCUGAGACAUUUCCUGAUGAAAAUACUCCAAAUCUCCUGGUGGAUGGAGUCAAGUUCUCUGAGCUUCCCAUCUGCAAUGUGAGGGUCACCAAGAACAACACCGUGUUCUCCAUCACAACUCCCAAAGGAGUAGUGAAGAUGGUGAGGUCCUGUGGAAUGGAGGGCUUCAAGAAUGCCAAGAAGGGUACAAAUAUAGCUGCUCAGGCAACUGGCAUUGCCAUGGCUGUGAGGGCGGUGAACUUGGGGUACCGCAACAUCCGUAUUCGGCUUCGAGGCCUGGGACCAGGACGCAUGAGCUCCAUCAAAGGGUUGGAGUUGGGGGGACUGAACAUCAUCUCCAUCACAGACUGCACCCGGGUAGGGUGGAAUGUGUACCGACCUCGGAAAGCCAGGCGAUUGUGAGAGGUCAGAGGCGUAAGUGGUGUCAUCCUAGAAGGGAAGUCAAGUGAAAGCGCUAGUGCAAAGUGUCGUUCAUUGUGUAUUUUGUCAAUAAAUUCAACAAAACCUUCAAAUUUAACUUUGCUCAUGGGCUGGGCGAUGAUUGCAUUCACACUACACCACAUGGGGGGAUCAACAAUAGGGACCCCCUUUCCCCCAAUAGCACCCACCCCUGUCGGGUUUUGCCGCCUCCUCCGUGGACUGCUAGGCGGUGACGUCACCACUCGCGCUGCAUUCUGGGUAGCGGCUGUUGGAAGCAAAAUGGCGGCCGGAGACCUGACGUGUGUGUAAAGUGCGCGUAUAGCUAACGGUUAUUGCGGUGAUAAGGCGUGUGGAAGUGACCAACGUUGGUGAAAAUUUUACAGAAUAUUCAUUUAACAUUGGUGAACAUAGUUUGAUUAGCGAUACUCGUGGUAACUUGUGAUAUUCGCCGGAAAAGGACCGUCGCCAUAUUGGGACUUGGUCCAGUGACUGAUAUCGACUUGGAACUGCUUGUGAUGAUACGAAGGCCGGUUGAAAUUUUCAGGAUUUAAUCAGCAACCAAAAAAAAUCGUUUUAUUCAUUAUUUAUAUACCACUGAGUGACAAAUAACACCUGAACCGGGAACUUGUAAUUAGUAACAGUUCCUGUCUGAAGAACCCAGCAAUGGAGGACAGCGACUCUGACUCGGAUAAGUCAGCAGCCUCCGAGCACUCGGCCGCCUCCGAGAAGUCUGCCUCGGAAAAAUCAGCAUCGGAGAAAUCCGAAUCGGAUAAGUCGGCGUCCGAUAAGUCAGCCUCCGAAAAGUCGGCGUCGGAGAAGUCUGCGUCUGAAAAGUCGGGCAGCGAGCAAUCGUCAUCUGGUGGAAGCGGCAGUGAUUCGGGUGAUGCCAGCAGCAACAGCGAUGACGAGUCGUCCCGUCCCGCGGCGCGCUCCGAGGGCAGGCGCAAAACGGCGCGUAAUUCAGACAUCAAAGAGGCGUACGAGGAGAACCCGGACGUGUACGGAAUCCGUCGCUCGGGCCGGGAACGGAAGGAGCCCGAGCGACUCACCGCUAAGGAGGAGGCGAGCCGAGCGGCCCGCGCCCGAAGGAGGUCGAACGCAGUGUGGGGCAGCUCCGACUCCGGCUCGGACUCCGACGUCUCGGAGCGUCCCAAGCCAUCCCGUCGGCCCGGCGGAGGCAGUAAGAAGCCGGCGGCUCGUCAGAGACCUCCCGCCCGCCGCCGGCAACUCUCCGAAUCAUCAGAGAGCGGGUCGGACAGUGACACCGUCAGUCGUAACAUCAGCCGCCGUGGCGGGUCACGGGUCAACUACCAGGAGGCCGAGGAGGAGGCCACAGACGAGGAUGACCUCAUGGAGGUGGAUCCGGCCCAAGUGGCCGCUGCCGAACAGGACACCGGCGAGACGGUCGAGAGGGUGCUGGCGGACCGCGUCGGCAAGGUCGGAGCGACGGGCGCCGCCACCACCGUCUACGCCGUGGAGGAUAACGGAGACCCGAACGCCGAUUUCGACGCUGACGACCCUGAUCAGCCCCACGAGACCCAGUACUGGCUGAAGUGGAAGGGUUGGUCGCACCUGCACAACACUUGGGAGUCGGAAACCACGCUCAAAGCGCAGGGGGUGAAGGGUCUGAAAAAGAUCGACAACUACAAAAAGCGCCAGGAGGAGGUGAAGGCUUACCUGGCCGCGUGUGAGCCCGAGGACGCUGAGUACUUUGUGUGCCAGAAUGAGCUGCAGGAGCGGCUGGUGGCCAGCUACCUGGAGGUGGACAGAAUCAUCGGCGAGGGCCCCAAGCCGGGCCACGAGUACCCGGACUACCUGGUCAAGUGGGAGAACCUGCCGUACUCUGAGUGCACCUGGGAGGACGGAACGCUCAUCGCCAAAAAAUUCGAGCACCGCAUCGACGAGUUCGUGGCGCGCAGCCAGUCGCGAAAGACGCCCACAAAGCUGAACGCCGUCUUAAAGCGGCGGCCCAAGUUUGUCUCCUUCAACAAACAGCCGAGCUUCUUCAAUGGAGUCUCGGGUGACCUGCGUCUCCGCGACUACCAGCUCGACGGUGUCAACUGGAUGGUCCACUCAUGGUGCCGAGAAAAUUCCGUCAUCCUGGCCGACGAGAUGGGUCUGGGCAAGACCAUCCAGACCACCUGUUUCCUGUACUAUCUGUUCAACCAGUACAACCUGUACGGACCGUACCUGGUAGUGGUGCCGCUCUCCACUCUGCCCGCCUGGCAGAGAGAGAUGGCCCGGUGGGCGCCUGAGAUGAAUGUCGUCACCUACCUGGGAGAUGUGUCGUCACGAGAAAAGAUUCGUACGUACGAGUGGUGCUUCCCCGGCAACAAGCGAUUAAAGUUCAACGUGCUGCUGACCUCGUACGAGAUUCUGCUCAAAGACAAGUCGUUUCUGGGCGCCAUCAGCUGGGCUGCUCUGCUAGUCGACGAGGCUCACCGACUCAAAAACGAGGAGUCGCUCCUCUACAAGACUCUGUUCGAGUUCAGCACCAACUUCAGACUGCUGAUCACAGGCACACCGCUGCAGAACAGCCUGAAGGAGCUCUGGAGCCUGCUGCACUUCAUCAUGCCCAACAGAUUCGACCGCUGGGAGAACUUUGAGGUCGACAUGGACCAGGGCAGCAAGGCCUAUGCGCGACUGCACAAACUGCUCGAACCGUUCCUUCUGCGCCGCGUCAAGAAGGACGUCGAGAAAUCGCUACCAGCCAAAGUCGAGCAGAUCCUUCGAGUGGGCAUGACCUCGCUGCAGCGGCAGUAUUACAAGUGGAUCCUGACGCGCAACUACACCAUGCUGAAGAAGGGUCUGAAGGCGGCGGCGCCGUCCCUGGUCAACGUCAUCAUGGAGCUGAAGAAGUGCUGCAACCACGGCUACCUGACCAAGCCUCCCGAUCCGGACGUCAGGCUGGCAAACAACGAGGCACUGCAGGGUCUUCUGCGUAACAGCGGCAAGCUGAUGUUGCUGGACAAGCUGCUGGUGCGGCUGCGGGAGCGCGGACACCGCGUGCUCAUCUUCUCACAGAUGGUGCGCAUGCUGGACCUGCUCGCCGAGUACCUGCAGCUGCGACACUUUCCCUUCCAGCGGCUCGAUGGCGGUAUGCGCGGCGACCUGCGCAGACAGGCGCUCGAUCACUUCAACGCUGAGGGAUCGCAGGACUUUUGUUUCCUGCUGUCAACCCGCGCCGGCGGUCUGGGUAUCAACCUGGCUACUGCCGACACCGUGGUCAUCUAUGACUCGGACUGGAACCCUCAGAACGAUCUGCAGGCGCAGUCGCGCGCGCACAGGAUCGGACAAAAGAACCAGGUCAACAUCUACCGGCUGGUGACCAUGCAGUCCAUCGAGGAGGACAUCAUCGAGCGCGCCAAACGGAAGAUGGUGCUGGACCACCUGGUCAUUCAGUCCAUGGACUCUACCGGACGGACCGUGCUCAAAAAAGGAGAUCAGCCCGCAGCCUGUCCGGGAGGCACUGAGAAGCGUCACCGUGCUGCCGACGGUGGCCCCGGUGACAGCGCCCGGCUGCCGCUGUCUGCGCGCAUGGGCGCGGCACGACCGAACACCCCGCACCUGGCGCACUGA